AUGGACUACUUCUUCAACAAUCCUGGGGCCUUUCUUCCUCAUGGCAGCCACCGCCGCGACGACAAUCUUCCAGAACUGGUCUCCUCCUCAUCCAGCUCCUCGCAGAGCGCCGACCAGUUAUUCGACUAUGCCAACGCAAACACAGAUGUGUACCAAGCGACCGACCAAAAUUGGGCUCCACUCGACCUCGACAACCUGUUAGACUUCGCUGGAGACGAGCUGCAAGUCCUCGAACCCGGCAGCACAUCCGCAUCCCCCGAUGGAGAGAAAGAGGAACAACAGACCACGAAACUACGCCGAAGAGCACAAAAUCGAGCAUCGCAACGCGCCUUUCGAGAACGCAAAGACCGCCACCUCAAAGGGCUCGAAUACCAACUAGAACACCUCAGCUCAAAACAUCAAGACCUGAUGCAAUCGUACAUGAAGCAAUCCGAAGGCGUCGUCAAACUCAACUCGCGCCUAACCGAGCUUCGCACGCAGGUGAAGGCGCUCAAGACACACCAGCGCUUGAUGUCGUCCGCUCAUGCAGCAACAGGAACAGCGCCGGGGAGAUCUGACAACGACAAGCGUUAUAAAUCCAGCUGUGACGCGGAUAGCUUCGAUGCCUUUUCCUUCAUCUCACGAGAGGCCUUUGGCUUGGAUGAAGAGCGCGAAUCUUCCUCUUCUUUACUCUGGCACGACAUGAUGCGCUCGAGCACCGGUGGUGACGCAGCGGACCGCUUCCCGGGCAACGAUCUACCAGCAUUUGAAGAUCUAUUGCAGCUCAGUUGA